AAAAAAAAAAGGUCUUGUGGCACAAUUUUAGGCAUUGAUCUUGGCACCACAUAUUCCUGUGUGGGCAUCUUCCAGCAUGGCAAAGUGGAGAUCAUUGCCAACGAUCAGGGAAAUAGGACCACACCCAGCUAUGUGGCCUUUACGGACACUGAGCGACUGAUUGGCGACGCCGCCAAGAACCAAGUAGCAAUGAACCCGUCUAAUACAGUAUUUGAUGCUAAGCGUUUGAUCGGCCGUAAAUUUGACGACUCUGUCGUCCAGGCCGACAUGAAGCACUGGCCCUUCAGAGUUGUGAAUGACGCAACUAAACCAAAAGUGGAGGUUGAGUAUAAGGGUGAGAUCAAGACCUUCUACCCUGAGGAGAUUUCCUCAAUGGUUCUCACCAAGAUGAAGGAGAUCUCUGAGGCCUACCUUGGCAAGUCUGUGACCAAUGCUGUCAUCACUGUUCCCGCUUACUUCAACGACUCCCAGCGUCAAGCCACCAAAGAUGCUGGAGCCAUUUCGGGGCUUAAUGUGCUGCGUAUAAUCAAUGAACCCACAGCAGCAGCCAUUGCCUAUGGCUUGGACAAAAAGGUUGGAAGUGAGCGCAAUGUCCUCAUCUUUGACCUUGGAGGAGGCACCUUUGACGUGUCCAUUUUGACCAUCGAGGAUGGAAUCUUUGAGGUCAAAUCCACCGCAGGUGACACUCACUUGGGUGGUGAGGACUUUGACAACCGAAUGGUGAAUCACUUCAUUGGCGAGUUCAAGCGCAAGUUCAAAAAAGAAAUCAACAACAACAAACGUGCUGUGCGUCGUUUGCGCACUGCCUGUGAGCGUGCUAAGCGUACCCUCUCCAGUAGCACUCAGGCAAGCAUUGAGAUUGAUUCACUCUACGAAGGGACCGAUUUCUACACUUCCAUUACUAGAGCCCGUUUUGAGGAACUCAAUGCCGAUCUGUUCCGUGGCACCCUGGAGCCUGUAGAGAAGGCUCUCAGGGACGCAAAGAUGGACAAGUCCCAGAUCCAUGAUAUUGUUUUGGUGGGUGGGUCCACUCGUAUACCCAAGAUCCAAAAGCUUCUUCAGGACUUCUUCAAUGGCCGGGACCUCAAUAAGAGCAUCAACCCGGAUGAAGCGGUGGCCUAUGGAGCAGCUGUGCAGGCUGCCAUCUUGGCAGGUGAUAAGUCUGAGAACGUUCAGGACCUGCUCCUGCUGGAUGUCACACCCCUGUCCCUGGGAAUUGAGACUGCUGGAGGAGUAAUGACUGUGCUUAUCAAAAGAAACACCACUAUACCCACAAAGCAAACCCAGACCUUUACUACUUACUCUGACAACCAACCUGGGGUGCUCAUUCAGGUUUUUGAAGGCGAGCGAGCCAUGACAAAGGAUAAUAAUAUCCUAGGCAAGUUUGAGCUGACUGGUAUUCCACCUGCUCCCAGGGGAGUCCCUCAGAUUGAGGUGACUUUUGACAUUGAUGCCAAUGGCAUUCUUAAUGUGUCUGCUGCUGACAAAAGCACUGGGAAAGAGAACAAGAUCACCAUCACUAAUGACAAAGGGCGACUUAGCAAGGAGGACAUUGAACGCAUGGUGCAAGAAGCUGAGCAGUUCAAAAGUGAAGACGAUGCUCAGAGAGAAAAAGUUACUGCUAAAAACACCCUUGAGUCUCUGGCCUUCAACUUGAAGAACACAGUGGAGGAUGAGAAGCUUAAGGACAAAAUCAGUGCCGAAGACAAAAAAGCCAUCAUAGACAAAUGUGAUGAAGUCAUUUCCUGGCUGGACAGGAACCAGACUGCAGAGAAAGAAGAGUACGAACACCAGCAGAAGGAACUAGAGAAAGUUUGCAACCCGAUAAUGUCAAAGCUUUACCAAGGAGGCAUGCCAGGAGGAAUGCCUGGUGGGAUGCCUAGUGGAUUCCCAGGUGGAGCUGAAGGAAGCCAAUCUGGCCCAACUAUUGAGGAGGUUGACUAA